AUGGUGGGACCACAGCAAUGUGUGAAGGAAUGUCUAACCAGAGCCGCCGUCUGUAGAGGCGUGCACUACAGUAAAACGCACUUUCUCUGUGAAAUUGUGACAGCCAUAGAUAAAACAGAACCGGUAAAAGAAUACUUUAGAGUUCAACUUGACAACAUAAACCAAUGCCAAUCGUGUUUAUCUGGAAAGAAAUGUGUCAGAUUAUCAAGUAAUCAAACAUACUGUGUCCAAGGUAGUUAUGAUCCGACUGAUUGUACCGAAAUAUACGGGCUCUCAUCUGCUCUACCUAGUGGCUUGUACAGAAUAAAAAUUCCAAUUCUGGGUCACGUGACUGUCGUAUGCGAGAUGGAGAUUGAUGGAGGAGGCUGGACGAUUUUUCAACGUCGCAUGGAUGGCUCUGAAGAUUUCUACCGGACAUGGGCGGAGUACAAGGACGGAUUUGGAAAUCUGACGUCAGAGGUUUGGCUAGGUAAUGAUAAACUACACUAUCUACUGAGUCAGGGAUCCUAUGAGUUGAGGAUGGAUAUGAGUGACUUCAAGAAUAAGAAACAUUUUGUUAAAUAUAGCAGCAUUUCUGUUGGCAACGAAACUUCCACAUACGCCAUAUCUAUAUCUGGUUAUUCCGGAAAUACUGGUGAUUGUUUUACAUCGCAACAACCAAUAAACAAUAUGAAGUUUACGACAAAGGAUCAAGACAACGAUGUCAAAUCCGGAAACAACUGUGCAAUUAUGUAUCAAUCUGGGUGGUGGCAUAGGAGCUAUCAUUGCUCCAACCCGAAUGGUCUCUACUUGGCGGGACAAACGUCAACAUUUGCUACUGGUAUCACGUACAGUCCUUGGCGAACACAGUAUUAA